AUGGCAGCCCUGCUGAAAAGAGUGUCAUUACGCGCUGUGGAGAAAGAUGAGAAUUUCACCUUGGUGGAUUCUUACGAUGUUUGUGGUUUCCUUUUAGAAAUCGGCGUGCGCCCAUUCUCCGAGCUUGGGUUUGGAACCUCUGUCUGGGGUGCUUGUCGUGCUCUGUGUCAUUACUUCGAGAAACAGAAAGUAAAAUUUUACAAUAAAAAGGUGAUUGAACUAGGAGCUGGCACUGGCAUGUUGGGUAUUCUUGCUGUCCUUCUGGGUGGUGAGGUCACCAUCACCGACAGACCAGGGCUGUUGAAGAUCAUAGAACGUAAUGUGUCCGUCAAUGUCCCCUACCCCGACAGAUCCCGCGCCACCGUCUCUGCCCUGUCCUGGGGGUACGACCACACGCUCUUUCCCUCAGACUAUGACUUCAUCCUUGGCGGAGACAUCCUCUACCAGCCCGCAAACAUCCCUUUAUUACUGAAGACCAUUCAACACCUCAGCAAUGAGAUGACCACCAUCUAUUUUGCCUCAUCCAUGUCCAUUCAUCGACGGAUGAUCAGCUUCACCUACCAGAAGCUCGCUGAGUACUUCCACAUUGACCUGGUGGACAGGUAUGAAGAUGAAGACAUCAAUGUAUACAAAAUGACCAAGAUAGGCUCGUCUUACUGGAGGGCACCUCCCGUGAUCGAGGAUGAAUUCAAUUUCUCCUACAACGCGAUGAUUAAUGGCUUCGCUCGCUGA